AACUAAUGAUAACGUUGCUCUGCCCAACUAUGUGAUACAAGAAGCAUGGGAGACCUACAGCCUCCAAAGUGAAUCUCAGGGUGUAACAGGAAUGUCCCGUGGGCUUUGUGAAGGGUCUAGCCUGGACAACAUUGCAUUGGGUGGUGGAAGUGAGCUUCAAGGAGACACCCCACCAAAAAAAUCCCUAACGUCUUCUCCCAGGCAUUGGGCUCCUCCCAAGGGCUUCUGGAAAGUCUCCCGACCAGAAACAUUAUUGCUGAAUGCAGAUAGUUCUCUCACACUGGCGGCUCCAAAGGAUGCACCACCUACAAAUGAGGUGGAUUCUAAACAAAAGCGAAAGCUAAAAGCAGUAAAUGCAAUGGUUCACAAAGAGCUACAAAGGUCUGACAGCUUGGAAAGUGCUUUUCAUAGGUCUCUCCAAACAAAAGAAACUAGUAUGACAGAUCAAGUUGGUGGGCUGUGGAAGGCAGACAGUUGGGAAACAGGUAUGCUCCAGAGGAGUGAUGAACAAGAGAUACCUCAACCAAUACAAAGUGAAAGCCAUUGAGAUCCCAACAUCCAUGCGUCCAGGUGGACAGUAUAAACCACCAUUGGAGCUGAACAAAGAUUUAUCUUCUUACAAAGUAGGUGAUAGGAAUUCAGAAAUUAUCCCAAAGGAGCCUGUGUUUAAUUAUAGACCCCUGUUUGCCAGCACAGAAGUAACUCUCAGUCCACGUCAUGAGCAAGCCAAGCGUCUGUUAGAAAGAGCUCGAUUGAAAGCACGAUCGCAAAAUACUAAAAGUGAAAACUCCACCUGCCCUGCUCAAAGAGAGGACCCGGAGCUCUUGCACAGUACUGUUAUUGUCACGGCUCAGCAGCAGGACAUCAGAGGCAGGAACCAUGAAUGUGUGGUGCGUUCACGUCGAUGUGGACAGUCACCCACAAGAGUACGAUUUGAAGACGAAUCAGAAAAAGAGGCUGAACGGCGAUACUUAGAGCGAGUGCGCCAACGUGGACCUGUGGUGGUUGACAAAUCUCACUCCGUCCUUGAACCUGAGGAAAGCAGGGCGAGUGCAAUAAAUUGGGUAAAUGUUGGUAUCCCUCUGGCUAUAUUGACCAAAGAGGGAGAGUGUGUGGCCACCAUGGUUCCAAAAGAAGAAAUUGUUAGGGCGUGUGGAGCCUGUGGAAGCAUUUUGGGCCCUGCACAGACCAACGACUCUUCUUCAACUCAUAGUGGCACGGAUCGGGGUACUGCAGCUCCUCGAUGGGUCAGCCCUGGUCAUGAAACCAUCUCUGACACCAUUAUGAAAGGCAUUACUUUGACUAGAGGUCCCAGUCUGGAUGAAAGUGGGGGAAAAGAAGGGGUUGGCGGUGCGGGUGAGAACAUGUCAGCUUUCGGAAAGCUCAGGAGGAGGAGCAGAAAAGGGGAGAGCAGAAUUGAAACAGGUCAUGGUCCAUACGCUCGUAGUCAGGAUUUAUGGGCUCAAAGAAGAAACUCCAAAACCAGGUCUAGUCUGGAGGAUCAAACUACUCGUUCUAAAGUUACGAAUAGGCCUGAACAAGGUGUCAAGUUUGCUGCGGAAACCUCGUCUGAGCAUGAGACUAAUGUCCAAGAUUCUCCUUUCCAACUUCCUAUCAAAUCAGCACUAAAAUCAAGGAGCAAGCAGACAGGGCAACGAGUGGUUAAGCUAAUGCCAUCGGUUCAGUACCGCUUAAUUCACCUUGACGCCCAACUGGAUGGAGGAUCUCACCACGAAAACAUUCAACCUGAAUGCGUCACUUUUAGUGCCUCUUCACAGGUGCUACCAGUCACCCCAGGACUGACUUCUAAUAACAGAUCGUCCUCUCUCAGGUAUUCUUCAGCUAUGCUGACCACAGACCUUCAGGGUUUAACAAUAUGGGACACUGCAACAGACACUGUCACUGGUCAUUUAGCAAGUGAUGGUGUCUACAAAGAUCCCAGAUGCAUUUCCACACCCUCUGUUUCCUCAGAAUGUCACCCAGCUUUGAGAGCUACGACCAAAGCAGAUGACCUGAGGGCAGAACUGCUGAGAUCAGAGCACCGAAAAUUUGAAAUGCAGUGUGAUGACAAUUUAGCUCUGUCUAGGAGAGCAGGGGAGCGGGAAGGAAGGCCCAAGUUGUCUCUUCGUCGCUUCUUCUCAGCUAUGGGACUAAACAGCGUGGGUAAGCUGGUGAAAGGCAGUCGUUCCAACAGCAUGGAGCACCUGUGUUCCCCCACUGCCCGCUACAGUUCUGCCUCCUCCAGUCCUUCACACAGAGGCCUGGUCUCUCUGCAGAGAACCCCUUCUCUUCAAUCUCUCCACACACAGUCUCCUUUGGCUCAAUUGCGCAAAGUCUCUUCUGUCCAAAGUCUACAGUCCCCAAAAAGGAAGUUUGAACGUUCCACUAUACUAGGAGAGUUACCACUGCCUAUGAGUUUGGCACCCAGGGAGCUACAGAAGGAGGAGAGGAUAAAAGAGGCACUAGAGGAUUCUCAAGGUCCAAUAGGACGGUUGGUCCAUGCUCUUCCUGAUGGAACAUUGCUCAUAGAGCUUAUCAGACCGGUGAACGCACCCUUUGGCUUUGUCAUCUCUAGGGGUAAAGGAAGACCAGACUCAGGUAUAUAUGUGGAACGGGUUGGAGAUAGUCCAACUGAAAACAUCUACACUGGACUGUUGGGUGUUGGAGAUGAGAUUCUAGAAGUGAAUGGAGAAACCAUUGCUGGAAUGACUUUAGAUCAGGUCACACGCCUAAUGACCCGUGAAAGCAAAGCCAAGAUACGGAUCCGUCCAAAUUCCUGGAUUAAGCACUGAUGCACAAGGAGCAAAUUACAUAUGUAGGAGAUUUAUAGAAAUUAGGAUUUUUUAAACACUGCAUAGACAGGAUGACUUUUGCUCAGUAUAUUUCCUGUUGUGGGCAGUAAGAAUGUAGAAUAUGCAAUGUAUUGUUUACAGAAAAACUAAAUUAAACCUGGUUGAUUUGAACAUACUUGAUAUUCCUCCCAUUGUUGAUAAGUUUAAUAAGUUAUGUUGACAGACAAAAAAAAAACCAUUCAGUCGGACAGACUGAUCAAUCAUAAAUAGCAGUGG